AUUAAGAUACUUUAAUAUUUGUGUAUUUUGUGGGAUUUCCUUUUUAACAUUAUUUUUUGUCUAUGAAAGGAGUAUAGGUGUUCAAAUUGAUAAAAACUGUGAUAUGAAUAAAUAUUAUGUCUAAUUUUACCCAAAAUAAAAAUGUAUUGAAUAAAUCACUGAUAAUUUUAAAAAACGCAAAUAAAAUCUAUUAUCAUACAAUUGCAUCCUAAAUAUUUAAAAAUGUACACAAUGAACAAUAUAAUUAUUACGAACUUUCUGGAAAAUAUAUAAAUUCUAGAAUACAAUUGGUAGGAAUUUGUGUGACGUCAAAAUCUACGUCAUCCAAAGUAUAAAAGCUGUUAACUUCGUCGGCCAUUUUAUAUUUGGUUAUAAGUAAUACGUAAAUUUUGCAAAAUCGUUUCGUGUUGUGAUACUUGUGAAAAAUAAUAAUGCAGAUCUUCGUUAAAACCUUGACUGGAAAGACGAUUACUUUGGAAGUGGAACCUUCUGAUACCAUUGAAAACGUGAAGGCUAAAAUCCAAGACAAAGAAGGCAUUCCCCCAGACCAACAGAGAUUAAUAUUCGCGGGCAAACAACUAGAAGAUGGUCGUACUUUAUCAGACUACAACAUCCAGAAAGAAUCAACACUUCACUUGGUACUUCGUCUCAGAGGAGGGAUGCAGAUCUUUGUCAAAACCUUGACUGGAAAGACGAUUACUUUGGAAGUGGAACCUUCUGAUACCAUUGAAAACGUGAAGGCUAAAAUCCAAGACAAAGAAGGCAUUCCCCCAGACCAACAGAGAUUGAUAUUCGCGGGCAAACAACUAGAAGACGGUCGUACUUUAUCAGACUACAACAUCCAGAAAGAAUCAACACUUCACUUGGUACUUCGUCUCAGAGGAGGGAUGCAGAUCUUCGUUAAAACCUUGACUGGAAAGACAAUUACUUUGGAAGUGGAACCUUCUGAUACCAUUGAAAACGUGAAGGCUAAAAUCCAAGACAAAGAAGGCAUUCCCCCAGACCAACAGAGAUUGAUAUUCGCGGGCAAACAACUAGAAGACGGUCGUACUUUAUCAGACUACAACAUCCAGAAAGAAUCAACACUUCACUUGGUACUUCGUCUCAGAGGUGGGAUGCAGAUCUUCGUUAAAACCUUGACUGGAAAGACAAUUACUUUGGAAGUGGAACCUUCUGAUACCAUUGAAAACGUGAAGGCUAAAAUCCAAGACAAAGAAGGCAUUCCCCCAGACCAACAGAGAUUGAUAUUCGCGGGCAAACAACUAGAAGACGGUCGUACUUUAUCAGACUACAACAUCCAGAAAGAAUCAACACUUCACUUGGUACUUCGUCUCAGAGGUGGGAUGCAGAUCUUCGUUAAAACCUUGACUGGAAAGACAAUUACUUUGGAAGUGGAACCUUCUGAUACCAUUGAAAACGUGAAGGCUAAAAUCCAAGACAAAGAAGGCAUUCCCCCAGACCAACAGAGAUUGAUAUUCGCGGGCAAACAACUAGAAGACGGUCGUACUUUAUCAGACUACAACAUCCAGAAAGAAUCAACACUUCACUUGGUACUUCGUCUUAGAGGAGGAAACUGACAUCAAUAGUUAUAUAAUGAUUUGAUAUCAAGUAUUAUGUUUAAUAAAAAACUUUGAAAUAUAUAAUUUUUUCUA